CACCUGAGCUGCAACCCAUUUCGUCAUAAUUCAGCCCUUUUCCCAAUUGAGCUGUGAACAGAUCCCUAUCACUGAUUUUGAUGACGGAGAUCUCGGCCUAAUCGUCUCGAUCGGAGUAUCCACAGUCCGAUUUGUCGUUUCUUUUUUCGUUCUACAGUUAUUUUUCCGGCUCAAAAUUACGUUGACAGUCGAAGGAAUUGAAGAAGAAGUUAUGGAUUAUGCGCCUGGUGACGAUUAUGAGAUGGGUGAAGUAGAAGACAUGUAUUAUGGUGAUGGGCUGAUGGCAGAGUCAGAGUCUGAUGAGGAAGAUGAGGAUGGAUAUGAUCAAUUGGUGAGUUCAAUGCGCACUUCAUCAUCCUUUCCGGUUGAUGACAAGAUUACGGAUACCUCUGCUGCUGAGGCGCGGAAAGGGAAGGAUAUCCAAGGGAUUCCAUGGGACAGGUUAAGCAUAUCCAGGGAGCAGUAUAGACAGACAAGAUUAGAACAGUACAAGAAUUAUGAGAAUAUUCCACAAUCUGGAGAGGGAUCAGAGAAGGACUGUAAAGUAACGAGGAAAGGAGGUGUGUAUUAUGAGUUCUGGCAGAACACUAGAUCUGUAAAAUCAACCAUUCUUCAUUUUCAAUUGAGGAAUCUGGUCUGGUCGACCUCAAAGCAUGAUGUUUACCUCAUGUCUCAUUAUUCCAUAAUUCAUUGGUCAUCGUUGACUUCUAAAAAGACUGAAGUUCUUAAUGUCUCUGGUCAUGUGGCUCCCAGUGAGAAACACCCUGGAAGUUUACAGGAAGGAUUUACUCAGACACAAGUUAGUACUUUGGCUGUGCGUGAUAAUCUGUUGAUUGCGGGAGGAUUUCAAGGGGAGUUAAUUUGCAAGGAUCUUGAUCGACCUGGUGUUAGCUUUUGUACAAGGACAACAUAUGAUGAUAACGCUAUCACAAAUGCAAUUGAUAUAUAUGAUGCUUCUAAUAACGAUUGUGGAGUACGGGAUUUUGACAUGGGGAGAUUCCAGCUUGUUAAACAUUUCUCAUACCCCUGGCCUGUAAAUCAUACCUCUCUGAGUCCAGAUGGCAAAGUUAUUGCAAUUGUUGGGGAUAAUCCUGAUGGGAUGUUAGUAGAUUCACAAUCUGGCAAGACUAUUGCACAUGUUCGUGGUCACCUCGAUUUCUCCUUCGCGUCCGCAUGGCACCCAAACGGCUACCUUUUCGCCACUGGAAACCAGGACAAGACCUGCCGAGUGUGGGACGCGCGCCACCUGUUGAAAUCCUUGGCCGUGCUCAAAGGAAACCUAGGCGCCAUCCGGUCUAUCCGCUUCUCAUCCGACGGCCAUUUCAUGGCCACGGCAGAGCCGGCCGAUUUUGUCCACGUGUACGAUGUUAGAAACGGGUACGAAAAGGAGCAGGAGAUCGACUUUUUCGGGGAGAUCUCGGGAGUCUCGUUUAGCCCCGACACCGAAUCUCUCUUCGUUGGAGUGUGGGACCGAACGUACGGAAGCCUCUUACAGUACAAUCGGUGCAGGAGCUACUCGUACCUCGACUGCUUCUAAUGAUGGAAAAUGAUUAUGUAAGAUUUCAAAGUCUUUGUUUGGGUCAGGUUGUUUUUCUGUGUUCUGAAUAAAUAAUAUGGUUGGUUUAGGUUAGAAAAGAGGCCUGAAGUGGAAUUUAUGUCUCAGACAGGGNGUUUGGUUUGGUGUGUGUGUGUAAAUUGUGCAAGUAAUAUUGAAGUCUGGAAUUCAUAGGGUGAAGAAAACUGGAUUGUGUCUAGUUGACUUGACACUGUUUAU